AUGGCUACAAGCCUCAACAUCGGGGCAGUCCGCACUGGACUCGCACCCCGACUAAAACAAGCCAAACCGCGAACCUCGAUGCUUCGACGAACAUACACCUCCGCUACAGCCACCACACCACCAGUCUCACCAUUCGCUCCUCGACACUUCCUCUCAAUUGCGGAUCUGACCCCCGCUGAGUUCACAACCCUUGUCCGCAAUGCCUCCCAACAUAAAAAGACCAUCAAAAGCGGCUCUGUGCCACGGAACCUGCUCGGCGCACUUUCCGGCAAAACGGUAGCAAUGAUGUUCAGCAAACGGAGCACUCGAACCCGAAUCUCGACGGAAGGUGCCGUUGCUCAAUUGGGAGGUCAACCCAUGUUUCUAGGGAAAGAUGAUAUCCAAUUGGGCGUCAACGAGUCGUUAUAUGAUACAGCCGUCGUGGUGUCGUCUAUGGUGUCCUGCAUCGUUGCUCGGGUUGGUAAACACCAGGAAGUGGCAGAUUUGGCGAAGCAUUCUACCGUUCCCGUUAUCAAUGCUUUGUGUGACUCGUUUCAUCCAUUGCAGAUUGUUGCCGACUUUCUCACGAUUCAUGAGACUUUCUCAGCGCGCCCCACUGCGGGAGUGAAUAGUUUGGGUAUGGAAGGGAGGAAGAUUGCUUGGGUUGGAGAUGCGAAUAAUGUCUUGUUUGACAUGGCAAUUGCCGCUGCUAAGAUGGGCGUCGAUCUCGCCGUUGCUACGCCAAAGGGAUACGAAAUCCCAUCUACUAUGCUUGAAAUUAUCAAGCAAGCCGGAGCAGGUGUUCAAUCACCCGGAAAAUUGAUACAGACCAAUGUCCCCGAGGAAGCCGUCAAGGAUGCGGAUGUCCUGGUUACAGAUACAUGGGUAUCUAUGGGCCAAGAGGAGGAAACAAUCAAACGAAUGAAGGCCUUUGAAGGUUUCCAAAUUACAUCUGAACUUGCGCAGCGAGGCGGUGCAAAAAAAGACUGGAAGUUCAUGCACUGUCUACCCCGUCAUCCGGAAGAGGUCAGUGAUGAAGUGUUUUACAGCCGUCGCUCGUUGGUCUUCCCUGAAGCCGAGAACCGGCUGUGGGCUGCUAUUUCGGCACUGGAAGGAUUUGUCGUUAAUAAGGGAAAGAUUGAGUAA